AUGGAGGAAGCUGAUCAUGAUCAUCAAUACUUGAUGUGGAUGCAGAAAAGGAAAGAGAUCAUGAUGAUGAACUCAAUCAACGGCUCAUCAUUAUCAUCAUCAUCAUGGGAAGAAAAGGCUUUUUCGGAAGAUCUCGUGGCCGGAGCCGGGUCUCUGGGGGGUUGCGUCUGGCCUCCGAGAUCUUACACUUGUAGCUUCUGUAUGAGAGAGUUCAAAUCAGCUCAAGCCCUAGGGGGUCACAUGAAUAUCCACAGGAGAGAUAGAGCAAGGCUUAAGCAAUAUUAUUGCCUCACAAGCAUCCCCAACAGUACCGAAAUCUCUGAUGAUCAUGAUCAUAUUAAUCAUGACCGUGAUCAUCAUAGUUCUAGUACUAUUACUACUAAUAUUUCAAGAUUUCUUUCACCUAAGUAUGGUUCUAGGGUUUCAACUACUAAUUUUUCAAAUCAUCACGAUGAUCACUUCUCAACCAAAGGGGUCAUGUUGGAUUUGGAAAAGAAUUCAAGGAAAUUAUUUGAAGAUAGCUCUGUGGAAACGGAUUUGUGUGUGGGAUUGAAUAUUUCGGUUGUCGGCCGGAACAACAUCGGACCGAUAAUUUCUUCUUCUUCAUCAUCAAUAUCUUCAACACCAACUGGCCGGUUCUCUUGGGAUCAACGUGAAAAUGAGACAGGCAAUUAUAAGAAACCAAAGUUGAUGUCGUUUUUGUUGAAGCCGUGUCGUCUUCAAUCUAAUCAGGUAAUUCAUGAAGUCAGAACUGAUCAAGCUGCAGGUAAUUCUAUGGAUGAUUUGGAUCUUGAGCUUAGGCUUGGUUAA